UAUAGACACAAUCACUCACCACAGCCGCAGUCCACAGCCACAAAAAUAAAAGCCUUUUUCUUCUUCGUUCUUGUUUCCCGUUUCUUGUUUCGACAUGGUUGUUAUGAUCGAAAAUGGACUAUUGUCAAGGGCCUUAAACGCGAGAAUCAUGGGUUCCGGGGCAGAAGCCAUGGUUCUGGCUCAUGGGUUCGGGACAAACCAGUCAUUAUGGGACAAAAUCCUUCCGAAGCUGUGCCAGCACUACCGGGUCGUGGUGUUCGACUGGAGCUUCUCGGGCGCCAUUAAAGAUCCGAAUUUGUUUGACCCUCAAAAGUACUGUUCCUAUUAUGGGUUUGCCCAGGAUCUGAUCGCUCUCCUGGAAGAACUGGGCCUCUCCUCCACCAUCUUCAUCGGCCAUUCCAUGUCCGGCCUUAUUGGAUGCAUUGCUUACACCCAAAGCCCUCACCUCUUCCAAAGACUCAUUCUUCUCUGUGCUUCCCCCAGGUAUAUAAAUACAGAAGAUUAUGAAGGUGGUUUCGACAACUCGGACAUAGAGCAGAUCAUUGCAAAUAUUGAAUCAAACUACGAGAAUUGGGCUACAAACUUUUCUUCUCUGGUUGUGGACGAAUCCGAUCCUGUCUCGCUGGGCAGGUUUCAGAAGUGCUUGCACGAGAUGAGGCCUGAAGUUGCAGUAAGCUUGGCCAAGACUGUUUUCUGCUCAGACGAGAGAGAUGUUCUUGAGAAGGUCGACAUUCCAUGCACCAUCGUACAAACUAAAACCGACAUCGUCGUCCCGGCCUCGGUUGCUACCUAUAUGCAGAAGAAGAUUAAGGGCAGUUCCACAGUGGAAGUUAUAGACACCCAAGGCCAUUUCCCUCACUUAACCGCACACCUCCAGUUGCUUCAAGUUCUUGGAGCAGUCUUGGGCUUUUGACCCUUCUCUUUCUUUUCUUUUGGAGUGGGGUCAGAAAAGGAAAUGAAUAAUAAGUCAGUGUGAAAUUUAGUGUGGAAAUUCAUAGUGUUGCUGGAGAGUAGAUGAAAUUAAGAUUGUUUUCAUGUAAUGGCUUUCAGGUGUAAUUGGUUAGGUAUUUUCAUCCAAUAGAUCUACCAAGCUUAGUCUCUCGGAGUUUGUUUCAA